GCCAUCUUCCCUCACUUUGCCCCCAGUCCGCGUACCCCACGCGUCCCCGCUCUUCUAGGCUCCGCCAGAGGAGAGGCCUCCCCAAAUCCCACAAUCCCGCUCCCAAUCCCAAUCCCCACCACCACCUCGCAUCGCACGCGCAAGGCGCAGAUCCCCAUCCGCGGGGGGGAGGGAGGGGGAAGCCAUGGCGGAGUUCCAGGAGAUGGCGGCGGAGGUGCCGCCGUCGCUGAAGGCGAUCACGCUGACCCACGUCCGGUACCGCCGCGGGGACACGCUCGGCCUCUUCCUCGCCUGGGUCUCCCUCGUCCCGGUCUUCAUCAGCCUGGGCGGGUUCGUCUCCCACUUCCUCUUCCGCCGGGAGCUCCAGGGCAUCUGCUUCGCCGCGGGCCUCCUCGCCUCCCAGCUCCUCAACGAGCUCAUCAAGCACUCCGUCGCGCAGUCGCGCCCGGUCUACUGCGAGCUGCUCGAGGCCUGCGACUCCCACGGCUGGCCCUCCAGCCACUCGCAGUACACCUUCUUCUUCGCCACCUACCUCUCGCUCCUCACGCUCCGCCGCUCCCCGUCGAGCCGGGUGGUCGCCUCCCUGGCCUGGCCGCUCGCCUUCCUCACCAUGCUGUCCAGGGUGUACCUCGGCUACCACACCGUCGCGCAGGUAUUUGCCGGCGCGGUAGUAGGCCUUGUGUUUGGUGCAAUCUGGUAUUGGAUUGUCAACACCAUGCUUGUUGAAUAUUUUCCAAUGAUUGAGGAGAGUGCAAUAGCGAGGUGGUUGUAUAUGAAGGAUACUUCACACAUUCCAGAUGUGCUCAAGUUUGAAUAUGAUAACGCAAGGGCUGCCAGGAGGAAAGUUGCUACUGAUUGAGCAAGUUCUUUUCGGACACGCUUGCUGUAGUUCAGGGGAUAAUUGUGUGGCAAGAUACCUGUCACUUAUAGCUGCAUCUUUGUUAGAAGAAAUGUCCAUUGGAAUUUUGGCCCGUGUUCUUGUUGGCCAUACGCAAUUUUUGUUUUCUUCUUUCUCUCAUUUUUUGUUGACAGUUUGGUGACAAACUGAUAUUUAUUUACAUGUGUAGAAAAACGACCAUAGUGAACAUAACUGAAUCCACCUGUCAUUCAGUGUUUCUUCUGCUUAUUUACAACUGAAGUAUAUUAUCACAAGUUGUUGAGAAGUGAAGAUUACUGGCGGCA